AAAAACAUGUUAUGUUUUGGGACUGAUAACUGCAGUACCUAAAACGGAGUCUAAAGUCUACCAGUGAUCAGUUCCUUCAGAAAAGAUACUGAGUUCUGCUUCUGCUAUAAUGUCCAGUAUGUUCUUGUUCCGCAGGUUUGUCUGGAUCAGUUUGAAUGCAUUGUUUCUUUAUGGAAUAGGGGUACAAGCUUACUGCGUCAGUGAUUGGGUGAAAAUGAACGAUCACAACAUUUGUUUCCAAGGCAGCGGUGACCACUUCGGUUCUUUCCGGAACUACGUAAGAUCUGGUUUGGUAGCAGCGAUCAAACUAGAGCACGUGUCUGGCCACAUCGCAUGCGCUACCGGUCAAGCCUACAAUAGUUACUGGGGAUGUGCAAACCAUAAGGGUUUAGCCCCAAACCCUUUUAAUGCCGUAGUGACCGAUCAACACAACCAAGUCAUCUUUCCAAAGACAAACCAGAUUGGAUAUGCUCCUUCUAUCUGGUAUCGAGUUCCCUUCGCUGACACAACCUCUUCCAAAGAAAUCGUCUUCACCGACUUUGCCCAGCCUUUCUACUUCCCCAAGUACAAGCAGAUGAGAAUUUGGUACGGAGAGGAUCUGAAGGGCAUCACUGAAUCAGACAACCAUGGUCGUGUGUGUGUGAAUGUGUAUGCCAAGUUUAUGUUAUAAGUAAGGAAGAGGUUACAUCAUGUUGGCUAAUAAAAUCAAUAAUUAAAAUAUACCGCAUACAACA